ACGAGAGAGACAGUGAAAAGCGGAGCGAUGGCGUCAUCUCAAGGGAAAAAUGAACUCCGGUACGCGGACUGGAUGGCAAGUUUACCAGAGAACAUCCACAGCAUCCCGCUCACCAACCUAGCAAUACCUGGCUCCCACGACUCCUUCAGCUUCUACAUCGACGAGGCAUCGCCCGUGGGCCCCGAGCAGCCCGAGACGGUGCAGAACUUCGUCUCUGUCUUCGGCACCGUGGCCAAGAAGCUGAUGCGGAAGUGGCUGGCCACCCAGACCAUGAACUUCACCACCCAGCUGGAGGCCGGCGUCCGCUUCUUCGACCUGCGCAUCUCCACCAAGCCCCGCGACCCCGAUAACGAGCUCUACUUCGCCCACGGCCUCUUCAGCGCCAAGGUGCGGGAGGGCCUGGAGCAGAUCAGCGCCUUCCUGGCCAGCCACGCCCGAGAGGCCGUCUUCCUGGACUUCAACCACUUCUACGGCGUCCAGAACCUGCACCACGAGAAGCUGGUGCGCAUGCUCCGCGAGGUGUUCGGCGACCGGCUCUGCCCGGCCCUGUUCGCCCAGGAGGUCACGCUCAAGUACCUGUGGGAGAAGGAGUACCAGGUGCUGGUGUUCUACCACAACCCCGUGGCCCUGGAGGUGCCCUUCCUCUGGCCUGGCCAGAUGAUGCCGGCCCCCUGGGCCAACACCACCGACCCGGAGAAGCUGGUGCAGUUCCUCCAGGCCUCGGUGGCCGACCGCCGACGCAAGGGCACCUUCUACGUGUCCCAGGUGGUGCUCACACCCAAGGCCAGCACCGUCAUGAAGGGCGUGGCGAGCGGGCUGAGGGAGACCAUCACAGAACGGGCUCUCCCGCUGAUGAUGCACUGGAUUCGGGCCCAGCGGCCCGGGGAGAGCGGCGUGAACAUCAUCACGGCGGACUUCGUGGAGCUGGGCGACUUCAUCAGCGCCGUCAUCGCCCUCAACUACCUCUUCGACGACGAAGAGGCGAACGCCACCUGAUUGGGUGCCGGA